UUGUAUUUAAAGGAGUUUUGAACUUCAUAUUUUAUCAAACAUGAAUUUUAAAGAUUCAAUUUUCAUACUAGCCACCUUGGGUUGGGUUGCCUGUGUAGGCUGCAGCAACAGUCUACAGGUCACGCCAGAAUUGUCUGUAACAGAUGGCAGCCUUGGAAUCUACGAUGGCAAGCCAACAACUAUACAAAAACAUCCUUAUCUGGUCUCACUCCAAAUUAAAAGAUCCAACUGGUGUGCUGCCAGCAUUGUCAGCUCUCAAUGGGUCCUCACUAUUGGAGCAUGUGCGUAUGGCUUUCCUAAUCCUGGUGAUCUUGAUGUGGUUGCUGCCAGCAAUGAUGGUAAAACUGGGGAGAUAUACAAGGUUAAAAAGAUUGUCCUGCAUCCCAAGUAUAUAGAUGGUAACCUAGACUAUGACUAUGCUGUCUGCAAAAUCAAAGGGGAAUUCAAAUGGUCUGACAAAAUAAAACCCAUCAAACUUGGCACCAAACAACCCAAACCUGGUACAAAGUUCUCAGUGGCUGGUUAUGGAUCAACAGCGCCGCCCACUUAUAUGCCAUUGUUGAAUAAUGAGGUAGAAAAGAGUCGUUUGCUAGAGGGUACUCUCUAUUGGCUGCCCAAGAAACAAUGUGUUGAUGUCUUGAAAGCCAUCAAAGUUCCAUGGACACCUCGGCUGGCCUGUGCCUACAACCAAGGCAAGACAACACUUUGCGAAGGUGACUGGGCUGAUGCUCUUGUAUAUAAAGGAGCUGUUUAUGGCAUUUUUGCUGUGGGAGUGUCACAAGGAUUCUGCUCAUAUGAAGCUUACCCUGUGGGGCUAGCAGACGUACCUGCAGUAGCUCCUUGGAUCAAGAAAAUUACUGGGGCAAAAUAUGAUUAUGAAUAAGACCUAUUACCUGAACACCUGUGAAAGAACAUAUAGUGAAUAAUUCUUCAUUCUACUCAAUCUUACUAGCAGUAUCACCUACACUUCAUCAUGUACAGUUUUAUAAUUAUUCGUUAAUAAAAUUUUUAAAAUACAAAGAAGACAAUAAGAUUCUUUAUACAAACAUUAAUUGUUCAAAAAGGUUAUAAAGAAUUAAUUGUUCAAAUAAAGUUUAUUUUAAGAAUUAAA